AUUCAUAUUUUUUCAUGUUUUUCAUGUAUUGCUGUGUUUUAUGUGGUUAAAAUUUUCUUUUAUUAAAUCAUUCUUUUGUGGUGUACAGUCCAAGUUUAGUCAAUAACAAGGCUGCAACGAGUCUGAUGCAAUUAAUCAAGAAUCACUUGUUAAGGCAAAUCCAACAUAUUUCGAACAGUAGGAGCAGCAAAAAUAAGGUAAAUAAAAAAAUGAAUGGACUCGAAAUCAAGGAUAUGAAAGUUGUUCCUUGUGUGGACUCAAGGUUUAUUGCUCCAACAAGAGUAACAUUUAGCCAGAAUGGUUUUAAAAGACACUGGGAUUACAUCAAAGCACAUGAUUCCGUGGCCAUUCUUCUCUUCAACACCACAAGACAAGCAUUUGUUUUGGUAAAACAAUUUAGACCAGCACUUUAUAUGAAUAUUAACACGAAAGAAAGCAAGAGAGACAUCACUAUGAUUGGAAGUAGUGACAACAUCGAGGAAUCUAUCGUUGCACCCUUUGAGAGGGGCGUGUCAUAUGAGCUGUGUGCUGGUAUAGUGGAUAAGCAAGUCCCUCUCGUUGAAAUUGCGCAAAGCGAGCUGCUGGAAGAAACAGGUUAUCAAGUUCCAUUGGAUAAAAUACAAAGAUUGUUUAAACAUAAUGCGGUUGGUUAUGCUGGAAACUGCGGGACACUUUACUACGCAGAAGUCACCGAUGACAUGAAAGUCGCCGAGGGUGGUGGCAAUUCAGAAGAAGGUGAAUUUAUUGAACUUUUUUAUCUUCCUUUAAAAGAAGCGAGAAAUUUUGUUUUUAAUGACGAUUAUGCUAAACCAGCGUCGUUUAUAGCUGCCUUUUGUUGGUUUUUUAUGACACGUGGGAUGUAACCUGGUAUUUAUAAAACCGCCAUUUUUAGUACUUGUUUCAUCUGUGAGUUAUGUCAAGAGUCGAUUUUGUAGGGAAUUUACCCCAAAUAAGCAGUAUCACAGGUUUUUUCUUAGCUUUGAACCGAUAGGAGAAGGGUGUUGUGAAGAUGUGAUGGAGCGUAAGUUGCGUCUUGUCUGUGGGCAGUUUUAUUUGCACUUCCGUUUCUUGAUUUUGUGAUUCACAUAUGACGGAAACGAGCGAUUUUUUUAAAUAUUUAAAAUAAACAGCUUUUGCCCUCUCCGACCCCACUCCUGUAUGACGUCAUAUGGUUCAUCUAUAAUAAAAAGACUAAUUUUUUUUUAUCAAACUGGGCGGUAGACUUCCUUGCAUCAUAGUUCUGUUUAACUAUUUAUUUAUUUUAUUAGCCUACUUGUCUUUGGAAUAAACGUAAUACCAUUUCUCACCAUAAAUACAAGAAAAAUAAUUUUCCAGUGACAACCUCGUUUCCCAGUGACAACCUCGUUUUUCUCGGUUUAUGCCGUGCUUAGCGAUUGUAGUACCCAGUCCACUUUUAAAGGCCGAUAGUCUUCCUGCCAUUAGAGUUCUGUAUUAUAUUUUAAAUUAUUUAUUAUUUUAUUAGCCAGUUUGUCUUUUGAAAUUUAAAAUCAUACAAGCUCUUUAUUUCUGAGAUUGUUAGAAAAUUUAUUGAAUUUUUUUUUCUGGUAAGCGUUUUUACAUUCGUCGAACGAACAAAGAUGAAUUUUCGUCGGUUUCUAAAAGUUUUACACAUGCCCUUGGUCCCCAAAAUAAUGUAAAUUUACCACAAUACAUUGUUUGUAACUAAUAAAUAUUAAAAAAUAAUACCUUUUUUA